AUGUAUUUUCCCUUUAUAGGUUUAUGUUCACAGGCGAAGCGAGAUGAGUUUUUAUACAACUUUCUUUGUGAUUAUCUUGCCAGCCACGAUGAAGGUCGAGAUUUGAUUGAAAUUAUAGACGCCCGUCGUGGUCUCCAUCUUAAAGAUUUAGAUAGAAUAAGCGACAUUUACUGUGAUUUUAAAGAAACAAAAGGCAAAACAUUAAGCAGGGAUUUGAAGAGUAGAAAAGAUAAUUUGAAAAAUGUAUUGAAACUGAAGAUAACUGGCAAUUGGAUAGAAAGAUUUAGUAAUGGAACAGAGGAUGGCAAAGAAUAUCUCAAGUAUGAGAUUAAAAAUCAAGAAUUGUGGCAGUCACUUACUGGGAGGUAUCCUGUUUUGGAACCUCCGCGUAUGGUAAUAUAAACAUUUAGUUAGUUAUUUUGACGUCAUUAUACAUAAUCUAAAACAUACUUGUUCAAAAGAUACUUUACUGUAUGCGAGUAUAGGGAUUCAACAUACCUGAAUUCAACUACCGCACGAACGUCUUUCAUAAUUUCUCAACGAAGAGCCUUCGUUCGAAACGUUGAAGUUUUCCUUGUAUUUUCAGGUAAUGAAGCCCUGCCCAUCUACAGUACAGUUAUCUGGUGUUUUUGGCGAUACUUACCCUGGCACAGACCAUUUAAGUUUAUAUGAUAUUAUGUAUACACGUAACAAUUUUACCAUCAUGAAUGAAUGUUAUUUUAAUUUCCAGUUACAUGGCAAUUUCCCUAACGCCAACAGUCAACUACCAACUGAACCAUCUUCAGAUGAAGGAG